CUGAGGGACAGGAAAAACACACACACACACAGACUCAGACGGCGCUGAGCGGGGAGUAUAAAAGGGGCAUCCUUCCCACUCAACAGAGAAGUGCUCUCCUCACUCUCACACACUCCUCUAACAGGCUGAACCUCGUCUCUCAAGAUGACUGCAGGGUUAUGUGUGUGUGUCGUGCUGGCUGUCCUAUGUACGAGCUGUUUGGGGCUCCCCUUCUCCUACCAGCCCUUCGACGAGGGCCAGCGCUCCAUCUCGGCUCCUUCUCAAGCUCUCCUCGAGGCUGGCACCCACACCUUGGGAGAGCCACACCUCCGACACAGGCGCUCUGCCCCCCAGCUGAAAGCUCUUCCUCUGGCUGAGGAGGAUGCAGACUCCCGGGCCAACCUUAGCGAGCUGCUUGCCAGACUCAUCUCCUCCAGGAAAGGCUCUGUGCGCAGAAACUCCACAGCAAACAGCAGAGGUGGUGGACUGAGCGCCAACCACCGGAUAACAGACAGGGACUACUUGGGCUGGAUGGAUUUCGGCCGUCGCAGCGCAGAGGAGUACGAAUACUCCUCGUAAGGGCAAGUCACGGCUCCAACCCCCUUCAUGAUGGGCACAAGAGAAAAAGAAGAAAAAAAAAAUCAAAACCCACGCAAGCUGGCUCCUCACUGUCUCACAAUAAGAGUCUAUUUAUGAUGUAUUUGUUGUACAUUUGUUUGUAAAACUGUAAUAACGCAAUAUACACACUGUAUGCCAAAUUUUGCAGAAAAGCUCCCACUGUCCAUCGUUUGUCUGUUUCUGGUUUUCUCUGGUUUCUUUAUCAUUUUGUGUGGAAAGGAUCUGGAUGGUGUCAGGGUCUGUUGAGACUAACUGAAUAAAGAUAAAAAAUAUCA